AUAUAAGGCUCCCAGUCGGCGCUCCGGGUACACGCGCUUCAACUUCGGUUGGUGUGUGUCGAAGAACCCUGGCUACGCCCUGGGGAGAACAGCAGAGAGGGUCCACCGAGCCUCGCGAAAGGUCCGCUGAGCGGGCUCGCGUCCGGAGCCACUCCGGGCUGCAGAGCACCCAGCGGAACCCACGCGUGGCACAGGUGUGGGAUCCCGUUCUUCCUGUCUUCGCAGAGGAGUCCUCGCGUGGUGAGUAUGCGAAACAAAAAGCUUUUGAAAACAAAAAGAAGGAAGGGUGGAAGAGGAGGCCAGGAUCCAGGCCUCCUUCCCCACAGGAGUGAAGCUACCCCUGGGAGGUCUCCUCCCGGCCCAACUCUCACCCUGGGGCCCGACUGCCCACCUCCUCCUCCUCCUCCUCCCCCCAACGGCCCCUCCUCUGCUUCGUCAUCCUCCUCCUCUGCUUCAUCCUCCUCCUCCUCCUCCUCCUCUUCCUCCUCCUUACGCCCAGGCCAAAGGGGCCAGUACAUCCCCAACCUGGCAGAACGCAGGCGGGACGAUCUCUCUGAAGAGAUCAACAACCUCAGAGAGAAGGUCAUGAAGCAGUCGGAGGAGAACAACAACCUGCAGAACCAGGUGCAGAAGCUCACAGAGGAGAACACCACCCUGCGUGAGCAAGUGGAGCCUGCCACUCAAGAUGAGGAGGAUGACAUCGAGCUCCGAGGUGCUGCAGCAGCGGCUGCCCCACCUACUCCAUUAGAGGAAGAGUGCCCAGAUGACCUUCCUGAGAAGUUUGAUGGCAACCCAGACAUGCUGGUUCCUUUCAUGGCUCAGUGCCAGCUCUUCAUGGAAAAGAGCACCAGAGAUUUCUCAGUUGAUCGCGUCCGUGUCUGCUUCGUGACAAGCAUGAUGACCGGCCGUGCUGCCCGCUGGGCCUCUGCAAAGCUGGAGCGAUCCCACUACCUAAUGCACAACUACCCAGCCUUCAUGACCGAAAUGAAGCACGUCUUUGAAGACCCCCAGAGGCGGGAGGCUGCCAAACGCAAGAUCAGACGUCUGCGCCAAGGCAUGGGGUCAGUCAUCGACUAUUCCAGCGCUUUCCAGAUGAUUGCCCAAGACCUGGAUUGGAAUGAACCUGCACUGAUUGACCAGUACCAUGAGGGCCUCAGUGACCACAUUCAGGUGGAGCUGUCACGCCUUGAAGUUGCCAAGUCACUGUCUGCACUGAUCGGCCAGUGCAUCCACAUCGAGAGAAGGCUGGCCAGGGCCGCUGCAGCUCGCAAGCCACGCUCCCCACCGCGUGCUCUCGUGUUGCCUCAUAUCACAAGCCACCACCAGGUGGAUCCAACAGAGCCUGUGGGAGGUGCCCGCAUGCGUCUGACCCAGGAAGAAAAAGAAAGACGCAGAAAGCUGAACCUCUGCCUCUACUGUGGAAAUGGAGGUCACUACGCCGACAACUGUCCUGCCAAGGCCUCAAAAGCUUCACGCGGGAAACUCCCCGGCCCCGCUGUAGAGGGACCUUCAGCGACCGGGCCAGAAAUAAUAAGGUCCCCACAAGAUGAUGCUUCAUCUCCACACUUGCAAGUGAUGCUUCAGAUUCAUCUUCCGGGCAGACACACCCUGUUUGUCCGAGCCAUGAUCGAUUCUGGUGCUUCUGGCAACUUUAUUGAUCAUGAAUACGUUGCUCAAAAUGGCAUUCCUCUGAGAGUCAAGGACUGGCCAAUACUUGUUGAAGCAAUUGAUGGACGUCCCAUAGCAUCAGGCCCAGUUGUCCACGAAACCCAUGACCUGAUAGUCGACCUGGGAGAUCACCGUGAGGUGCUGUCAUUUGAUGUGACUCAGUCUCCAUUCUUCCCCGUUGUCCUAGGGGUGCGCUGGCUGAGUACACAUGAUCCCAACAUCACAUGGAGCACCCGGUCUAUCGUCUUUGAUUCUGAAUAUUGUCGAUACCACUGCCGGAUGUAUUCGCCAAUUCCACCGUCGCUCCCACCACCAGCACAGCCAUCAUUUUACUACCCAGCAGACGGGUACAGAGUUUACCAACCAGUGAGGUAUUACUAUGUCCAGAAUGUGUACACUCCAGUAGAUGAAAAUGUCUACCCAGACCACCGCCUGGUUGACCCUGCCAUAGAAAUGAUACCUGGAGCACACAGCAUUCCCAGUGGACACGUGUACUCACUGUCUGAACCUGAAAUGGCGGCUCUGCGAGAUUUUGUGGCCAGAAAUGUGAAAGAUGGGCUGAUUACUCCGACAGUCGCGCCUAACGGGGCCCAAGUUCUCCAAGUGAAAAGGGGGUGGAAACUACAAGUUUCUUACGAUUGCCGAGCUCCCAACAGUUUCACCAUCCAGAAUCAGUAUCCUCGACUCUCUAUUCCAAAUUUAGAAGACCAAGCUCACCUGGCUACGUAUACUGAAUACGUGCCUCAAGUACCUGGAUAUCCAACAUACCCCACCUAUGCCACCUACCCUACCUACCCAGUAGGGUUCGCCUGGUACCCAGUGGGACGAGAUGGACAUGGACGCUCGCUCUAUGUCCCUGUGAUGAUCACCUGGAAUCCGCAUUGGUACCGCCAGCCGCCAGUACCCCAGUAUCCGCCACCGCAGCCACCGCCGCCGCCUCCACCGCCGCCGCCACCACCGUCCUACAGCACCAUGUAAAUACCGGUUAUGCCCUUCAGGAUCUGUACCCUCAAAAUGUGUCCCUGUCCAGUUUCUCAAUCAGUGACUGUGUGCUAAUUUGGGCUACUGCAUCUUCAGGCCAACUGAGGCACAGUCCUCUCUGAAACAGCUGGGGAAGAUCAGGGCCACACUGGACCAGCACACAUCCUAAAGCACCUGAAGAAGACUUCCACCAUUUUUGGGGGGCAACAGAAUAUUUACCAACAAAUUAUCUCUCUACUGCCAAUAUAACUAAAAUUUGUAGUAAGUUUACUUGCCAGCAUAUCCUGGAAGCCUGGGUUUUACCUACUGAAAGCUCUGUCACCAUCUAAAGUAUAGGCUGCCAGAUUCUUCAUUUAUCAUUUGCAGAGAAGCUGCUGAUGCAAACACAGGAAAUGUGUUUUCUUUAUGGACGGGGAGACGAGGAGGAGGGUAUGACUGUUCUCACAGUUGCAGUACUCUAUGUCAUUGGAAGACCAACGCCUUAUUAAGGAAGCGAAAUUGUUGGUGCAGUGAAGAAUGGCUUCUGUGAUCUUUUGCUGCACCCUUACAAACUUCACCAUCUUCAAAUUCUGCCUUCAUGGUUCUGUUAAUUCUCAAGGAGCAGCAACUUGAUGGUUUCCCCCAGGAGUAGGCAAAACCCCUGCAACAGAAACACCUCCGGCCUGAGACGGAAGCUCCCUCUCAGAUGGACUUCUGCGUGUGCCUUUACAUCCUGGUGCACAUCACAUGUACCCAAGGACUCUGGCUUUCUCUCAACACCUUACCAUCAUCAUGCUAGCACUGGCUUCCACAUGUUAAACCUGGUAACCAGAGACUAUUGGUGGCUCCAGGUGUGUUAGGUAUUUGUGAAUUGUGACCACCUCUCAAUCAUGUAUGAAGGUUAAUGAGUGCAAAUCAAAAGGACUCUUAAUCUGUACCCAACUCUUGAGAGACCCUAAACUAAUGUUACCACCUUGUCCUCGUACUUCAGAAAGAAUUUUCAGAAAUGUUGUUAAUUAUCUGGAAGAGCACCAGCUGAAGUUUUGGAAGCAUCUAUCCAUAUCUGUCUCCAUAUGCAUUUGGGCAUUUCAUCUUCAACCUCCUCAUUAGACUGUAGCAUUAGGAUGCUUAGAGAGGGGAAGUGAUUUUAGCACCCAAACCCACACUCUUAUGCCUGGGAGGGAUGUCUUUGAAGAGAGGAAUUAGGGCAUUUGUCUUGAAGAUAGAUAUGGACUUCAAAUCCUGCCGGGUGACCUGAUGGAUCAGAGAUCACAGAAUGAAAAGGGAUCCCCUCCAGGGGAUGAAGCCACCUCAGAAAGCAAUUCAGAGGACUCAAAGCAACAGACAACAAGCGUUGUCAAUCCAGUGACAUCAUCUGGUGUCUCCUGGACGCUUUGGGCUGACCUGGGACAGCCUGACUUCCUUUAGCCUAGUCCCUUGCUACUACCUUGAACUGUUUGUCUAACCUCUCUUUCUGUUUGAUUCUUCACUACUGCCAUUAACCCUGCAGGAUUUGUAUCAUCCUUCCUGCCUGAUGGCUGAGACUCCAUUUUGCUGCCAUGCACGGAGAAAGAGAGGCAGGCUUCAAGGAGUAUGUGUUUCAACACACUCUCUAGUUGCCAAAACAGUUUGAGCAGUAGAAAACAACAUGGUAUAUAUUUCAAAUUGCCUGUCAUGGAGAGGAGUCUAACAGUGAAGUUCCAUUUUUCAUCAACAUCAUCUUUCACAUGUUCAUUGCAUCCACCCCUAUUCUUGCAUGUUUAAAUCCCUAACAGUUUUAGCUGUAGGUUACUAGUGUCCUUUAACAGUGUUUUAGAGUGGUGACUGCUUUCAAAAAUUAUUUCCAUUGAACUACAAAGUACUAUCCGAUUCUUAUUGUUAGAGUUAAACUAAUUAAAAUUGGUAAGUAAUGUAGUGUAAAAAAUAUGUCUUUACUGUGAACUUCUGUUACAACACUGUGAAUGAGAGGCUCCUUAGAACUGGAGUAUUUGUAUAAUAGUUCAUACUGUUCAUCUUCAAUCUUCUUUUUUAACAUAAUACAAAAAUUCAAUUUUAUCAAUUGGGACUUUUAAAAUGACACAAAUUCAAAGAAGAAACCCCAUUGGCUACUUAAUCCAAAACAGUACUUCCUUUUUUUUUUUCCAGUGGAACAGAAAGCUUGUCAGUCACUCAUGUGUUUUAAUUAGAGUAUUUACUUUUGAAACGGUGCAUUUGUGCUUCUGGACUAUUUUGAAGCAUCACUUCAGUUUACCUCAGAUAUCAGUCCAUCUCCAUACCUUUGAAUUCAAGUUGUUUCAUGUCAAAUGUACAGUUGUUAAUUGAUCUUCAUGCUGCAGAGGGCCUAGAAAUGAGCCAGCAUCUGCAGCCCUGGCAUGUGCACAUGGACAUUUGCCAUCACUGCAAGCAAAAGUCUAGAGAUGUUGGUGAACAACAACAAUAGUCAGGGAGAGCGUGGUGGUGGUGUGGAUUGACCACUAAUGGAUGAAGUCCCUGGCACACAUUUGGCUGUUUAGUAAAGCUUAUGAAAAGCUUUUGGCAGUGUGUACUAUGCUCUAUUGCUCAAUAUACUAUCUAUAGAUGUAGGUGUUAAGGAUAAGUAAUCUCAAAUUCUGUAGGAUUAGAAUUUAUUAAGUUUCCUUUCACUCAAUUGCUUUAUCUUGUUGCUGUUGAUCAAGUUUAUGUUAAUUGGAGGCUUUAAUUUUGGGAAGGCAUUUUCAAACAAAAAUGACUCUAUUCAUAAAAGGAAAGAGCAAAGGAAUUAAGUACCUAAAGAAGUUAGUAGAUAAGGGAGCAAAGUGAAGAAGAUAAAUCAAAACAUCAGAAUUAGUGAGCAGAGCCAAUAGGUGACCUGUGGAAACAAAUUGGCAAAAUUGACUUUUGGCCCAAAUUUACAGUGCUAAUUUAAAAAUCAAGAAGCUCCCAUUUGUCAGGCAAACCUGGAGAGAACUAGUGAAGAUAUCAUCCUAAGAUACUGUAAUGGGGUAAGUUUACAUACAUUUCUGCAAGAUCAAUUUAGUUUGAACAAUGAGGUAUUUGUAUUAGAUGCUGGAAAAUGGAGGGUUAGUUUGAUUACAUCGUGUGAGAUAGCAUAGUGAACUUGGCAGGUACACACAAUAAGAAGAGCACAUCUACAAAGUGCAGUCUGGAUUUCUCUUUAAGUUUGCAGGUACCUCUUGGACUCCUGAAUUGAUCCAGUUGUCAUCCACCACAGACAGCUAGCAUCAGAUAUGAUUCCAAGAUUGGCAACAGAGAACACUGUUGGAAAGACCUGGGCAGAAAUGAAGGACCACCUGCAGAGAUGAAGAGCCCCUUGGGAAUUACUGUACAUUUUCAAUGCACAUCUGGUGGGACUGAAAGUUCUUUGUUGUUUCAGACUGUAGAAUGAUAUCGAAUUGGUCUGUGGGAAAUUGCAUUGUUUUUCUUACAUUGUGUAAUCAGUUUAAGUAAUAGAGCUAAAUGUGAUCAUAAGUAUUUUAGGGUGGGAGGGACUAUUAAGUAAUCUUAAGUGGGUGGGAUUAGUUUAAAAGCAUGAUACUAUGUUUUAGAUUUCUCUAUAAGUGGACAUGUGUACUUAGUUGUGAUCCUUUACCCUGUGAUUGCUACCUGUGAAGAUUUCAAGUAAACUCGGAGGGAACUGCAGGAAGAUCAACCUAUUUAGGGUGAAUUGGACAUGGAUAAAACCCUAGUGGGAGAAGUUAUAAAGUUGAUUGGAUAAAUAACUUAAUAAAGGCUCUGCCCUGGGUGUUAACUCCAGGGAUUGUGAUUGUGAUCAAAGCCUUUAGAGAGUUACAGGAUGGAUGGAUAAAAUUGUUGCUGGAAAGAAGUUCAUAGUGAUGGAUGGUAAAUAUUGAUGGGAGUUACAAGUGGUAAGAAAAAAACCCUUGCUUAUGCCCCUGUCAGUUUCCCCUUGCCUCUUCUCCCCUACGCCUAUGCACCCCUGGCCUACCUCCUUCCCCUUCCCCAUCUUAUUGCUGUAUUCUCUUUACUCUGUAUUUCUAUUUACUAAUGCUGUAUUGAUGUUAUAAUAAAAAUUCAGUUAAUAAAGAUUUAGUGGUUAAGUGUAAA